UCAGCUAACUAAACGUGUAAUCUGGGUGUGAUGGCAUUUUUGGGGGAAAAAAAACCUAGCUGCGGUCAUUCGGGGAGAACUCCAGCUGCCCAAACCCGUACCGUCUUCGCUGUCGGCCGCGACUCGUUAGGUUUUCAUAUUUUACUUCGACAAUGGUGGCGGGGAAGAAGACGAAGAAGACCAAGUUUGAUCGUAUGUUGGAUGGAGCCUCGUAAGCUGAUAAUUAUCUCGAACAAUUGUCCGCCUUUACGGAAAUUGGAGAUCGAGUACUAUGCCAUGCUUUCGAAGGUUGGCAAUGGAAAAUCUUUGAUGCAGUGCCAAGUGCCAACCAAGAAACCAAUUUAGGUACAUUUUUCCCAAACCAUGUCACAGUUCUCCACUUCUGAAUAGGUGAACAUGUCUAAUGGCCUCCCAUGCAGAACUCAAAGUAAGCACUAAGCACACCACUUGAAUGAGCUAACCAUCUACCUGAUGUCAUUUUUAUCUAUCUCUGGCUGUAAGUUAGGAGUUUGGGCAUUUAUGCUAUGUUUUGUAGACUUGUAGUCUAUCUCCAAUGCUCUAUUCGCAGCUUUCUCGUGGACCUGCCUGAAGUAAGGCCCCACACUGUCACCAAAUCUUUCAGUACGGGUCCUAAGGAAUGCUAGUUGUGUAGCCAUAAAAUGUAGAAUCGACGUUGCCAAUAUCUUUUUCUAUUAGUGUGAACCGGAGAGUGCAACCUUUGAACAAAAUCUCAAACAACUUUAUUGCAUAAAAGCUACAGCUGGUCUUUCAAGUGGCUCAGUUAACACAAGCACCAAAUGGUUUGCUACUCGUUAUUUCGUGGCAUACAAACCCUUUUAUGCAUUCAAUGGCUCCUUCAACAUCUGUUUCCUACAGACGUGGGAUUCGUCCAAAGUCUUAAGACUCCUUGUCUUUUACUGCAAAGUUCAAAUGAUGUGGCAUUCAUUUUAAUUUUAAACAAUUUUUUAUACAUGAUUACUUAGAAAUGAUUAUUAUUAGUUUUAGACAUAAUUAUGACCUAUAAAGCACGGAUACUCUAUUUUGGCCUCCUUAUCACGUAUCGUAUCUGUAUCGGAUACCGAUACUCUCCGGAUACGUAUCUGAUACGCUUUUUAAAGUAUCUUGCUUUUAGAAUUAUUUUUUGGUAUCCCAAUAUGUUUUGGAUACGCGCAAAUACCCUCGGAUACGUAUCCAAUCUGUUUUUUUUAAAGCAUCUUGCUUUUAGAAUUAUUUUUUGGUAUCCCGAUACGUUUUGGAUACGCGCGAGGAUAAAUAUGUUAUUACUUAAAAUAUAUGGGUUAAAAUUGCAAGUAGGACUAUAUUUUUCUUUUUCCCCCACCAAUUGACAAUAGAAACACACCGACG